AUGAACUCCUUGGAGAUGGGAGUCGAUCCCAUCCGGCAAAGCCGGCGGAGCGAGGGCGGAUCUUGGGGUGGCAAAGAGACCAUCGUGCAGUCGGACGAGAAGCUGGUGAUCAGCGCGUCCUGGGCCAAGGACGACGACAUCAGCCGGCUCCUGAAAUCCCUGCCCAACUGGAGCAGCAUGGCCCAGCCCAAGCAGCUGAGGCCCAAGAGGGACGACGAGGAGGAUUUCAUAAGGGCUGCUUUCGGGAAAGAAUCCGAGGUCCUGAUCGGCAAUUUGGGCGACAAGCUGAUCCCUCCUCAGGAGAUCCUGCGCGACGUCGGCGACCUGCGAGCCUUGGCCAACCUGCAGGAGAGCCUCGAGUGGCUGGCGGGACGCGCCCGCGCGGCUUUGGGUGGCCUGGCGGCACCCCAGGCCACGUCCCCAGGCCAGGACAGCCAUGGCAGCCUGGAGCACCUUCCUGCAUCCGAGCAGAUCCUGCAGAGCCUGAGUGAGCUGGCCAGGUCCUUCCAGGAGAUGGCCGAUCGCUGCCUGCUGGUGCUGCACUUGGAAGUCAGGGUUCACUGCUUCCACUACCUGAUCCCUCUGGCCAAACAAGGGAAUUACGCCAUCGUGGCCAACGUGGAGAGCAUGGACUACGACCCGCUGGUGGUGCGGCUCAACAAGGACAUCAGCGCCAUCGAGGAGGCCAUGAGUGCCAGCCUGCAGCAGCACAAGUUCCAGUACAUCUUCGAAGGCUUGGGCCACCUCAUCUCCUGCAUCCUCAUCAACGGCGCCCACUACUUCAAGCGCAUCAGCGAGUCGGGCAUCAAGAAGAUGUGCAGGAACAUCUUCAUCCUGCAGCAGAACCUGACCAACAUCACCAUGUCCCGGGAGGCCGACCUGGACUUCGCCAGGCAGUAUUACGAGAUGCUCUACAACACGGCGGACGAGCUGCUGAACCUGGUGGUGGACCAGGGCGUGAAGUACACGGAGCUGGAGUACAUCUACGCCCUGAACCUGCUGCACCGCAGCCAGACGGGCGUGGGCGACCAAACCACGCAGAACAUGAGGCUGCAGCGCCUCAAGGAGAUCAUCUGCGAGCAGGCUGCCAUCAAGCAGGCCACCAAGGACAAGAAAAUCACCACCGUGUGACCCCCGCUGCCGCCCGCGUCACCCGCGGCUGGCGGGUGGCACCUCCACGUUUUUUGGGGUUUUUUUGUUGUUGGUUUUGUUCUGUUUCAAUCAAAGAAAAAGUGGGAAUCUCCUGGGCAUUGUGGUGAGGAAGGGAAAUGCCAUUUGAGAACUGGGGUUGGGGUGGUUUUGGUGUGUAUCCACGUUAACGUUUCCUUAAUGUUCUCCCAAAAGUGAUUCCACAGCAGGAACCCCGGUGGGGCGUGGGGUGGGAUAUUCGGCUUUGCUCUGCUGCUGCUGCUUUGACUUAAGAUGUAAAGGGAGCUGUGGGGUGGGAGAAGGGAAAAUUGGGUCUUGGAAGUUCAGACCACGCUAAAUAAUCAGCACCUUGCCUGUCAAUCCCAGACCUGUUGAUCACACGUGGGAUCCUGAUGGUUUGGAGAUCUUUUUUGGAGCCUGCCCGGCUCUGCUAGUGCUCUCUCCAGGUUGCACCCACGUGAAGUUUCCCGCUGUUUGCGCUGCUAAAAGAUGUGAUUGUUUGUUCCUUCAGGUGGUGAUCAGCCAGUUCUGCACGUGGGAGGUAACACGGGACCAUUUGUUUCCAUUUCUCCUCCUUCAUUAUCCCGGAGCCAUCUGGCGCCGGCUCCUGCAGCGCCGGGUGGAUGCAGGAGAAAAUUGCCAAUAUAAAAGAACAAAAACUCUUCCUUCUCUUGUCCUGGAUAUUAUCUUUGAGUCCUCCCCCAGCUCCAGAGAUAUUUUGAUGCACUGGAAGGACAGGCAGGGUUGUGUAGCUCAGCACCAAUGAUCAGCAAGGGCAGGAGGGCACCAAAUCCAGGGUCUGAGGCACACCCGGGGCACCAAUUCUGCCCUGCCUCGACCCUCUAAAUUCAUCUGGAAAAAGGUUCCUUAUGCCUCCAAAAUCCGAAUCCACUGCACUUGUAUUUGCCAAGAAAACUGGGGACCCAGCUGGGUUUCCUGUGCUGAGAAAGGUUCUCUCUGAGCUGUAGGUGCGUUGUGUGUCAACCUUGAAAUUGCAGAAUUAAAGGAUGUUUAAAGGCC